CUAGCUGGCUCUCGCAGUGGCAGCGCGGCUCCCCCCACCCCACCCCCGGACAUGUCUCCGUGCGUUCCGCCGCCAGCCAGGGCUCGCGUGCCCAGCCACGUGGCGAGAGGUGCCCGCAGCCCGCCCCAGGCGGAUGCGGAUCCGGCCUCUGCUGCCACGUCCCUCCCAAGCAGCGCCGGCGGCCUGUGAGGCGGAGCGAGGCCGGGGCGGGCCCAGCCCAGCGGGGCCCAAUGGCGGGCCGGGCGGGGAGCCUGCGCCCCUCGCCCGCCGCCGCCGCCACACGCCUCCGCCCCCGUUGCCAGCAGCCCAGGAGGGAGCGCCAGCAGAAGCAGCCGCCGCCGCCUCCUCCGCCUCGCUGCUACGCCCGGCCCGGCUGCCUCUUCCCGCCUCGGCCCCGGCAGGCGACGCCAUCAUGUGCGGUAUCUUUGCCUACCUGAACUAUCAUGUUCCCCGGACCAGACGGGAGAUCCUGGAAACCCUUAUUAAAGGGCUCCAGAGACUGGAGUACAGAGGAUAUGACUCUGCUGGAGUUGGAAUUGAUGGAGGCAAUGAUAAAGACUGGGAAGCCAAUGCCUGCAAAAUUGCACUCAUCAAGAAGAAGGGAAAGGUGAAGGCUCUGGAUGAAGAAGUGAACAAACAACAGGAUAUGGACCUGGACAUUGAGUUUGAUGUACAUCUUGGAAUUGCCCACACUCGCUGGGCUACACAUGGUGAGCCCAGUCCUGUCAACAGUCAUCCGCAGCGAUCGGAUAAGGACAAUGAAUUUAUUGUUAUCCACAAUGGCAUCAUCACAAACUACAAAGAUCUGAAAAAAUUCUUGGAAAGCAAAGGGUAUGAAUUUGAGUCCGAGACUGAUACAGAGACGAUUGCCAAACUUGUCAAGUACAUGUACGACAACCGUGAAAGUGACGAUAUCAGCUUCACCACCUUAGUCGAGAGGGUCAUCCAACAACUGGAAGGUGCGUUUGCCCUGGUAUUCAAGAGUGUUCACUAUCCCGGUCAAGCAGUCGGAACCAGGAGGGGGAGCCCGCUGCUCAUCGGAGUGCGAAGCGAGCACAAGCUUUCUACUGACCACAUUCCAAUACUGUACAGAACAGGCAAAGACAAGAAGGGAAGUUGCAGCCUGUCUCGCAUUGACAGCACUACCUGCCUCUUUCCUGUGGAAGAGAAGGCCGUGGAGUACUACUUUGCAUCUGACGCGAGUGCAGUUAUUGAACACACCAACAGAGUCAUCUUUCUAGAAGAUGACGAUGUGGCGGCUGUUGUGGAAGGUCGUCUCUCCAUCCAUCGAAUCAAGCGCGGGGCUGGCGAUCACCCUGGGCGCGCUGUUCAGACCCUGCAGAUGGAACUUCAGCAGAUCAUGAAGGGUAACUUCAGUUCGUUCAUGCAGAAGGAAAUUUUUGAACAACCGGAAUCUGUUGUUAACACCAUGAGGGGAAGAGUCAACUUUGAUGACUACACUGUAAAUCUUGGAGGCUUGAAAGAUCACAUUAAGGAGAUCCAGAGGUGUCGGCGUCUGAUCCUAAUUGCUUGUGGGACAAGUUAUCAUGCUGCAGUUGCAACUCGUCAAGUGCUGGAAGAACUAACGGAAUUGCCUGUCAUGGUGGAACUAGCCAGUGACUUCUUGGACAGAAACACUCCAGUCUUCCGAGAUGACGUGUGCUUUUUCAUUAGCCAGUCAGGUGGGGUCUUUCUCCGGGAAGUGUCAGCAGGCACAAGUGGUUGCAGCUCAUGGAGCCCCGAGCAGAUGCCUCCCUGCAGUUCUCCCUUCAGGACUUCGGAGCACAAAGCACCAUCCCCUCCCAUCUUGACAGCGCUGAAAAACCACAACAUCCUAGCAGGUGAGACCGCAGACACGCUGAUGGCCCUUCGGUACUGCAAGGAGAGAGGAGCCCUCACUGUAGGCAUCACCAAUACUGUUGGUAGCUCAAUAUCCCGGGAGACCGACUGCGGAGUGCACAUCAAUGCUGGGCCAGAGAUUGGAGUUGCCAGCACCAAGGCCUACACAAGCCAGUUUGUUUCACUGGUCAUGUUUGCACUCAUGAUGUGUGAUGACAGAAUCUCUAUGCAAGAAAGACGGAAAGAAAUAAUGCGAGGUCUCAAGUUACUGCCUGACUUGAUUAAAGAAGUCCUGAGCAUGGACGAUGAGAUCCAGAAGCUGGCCACAGAGCUCUACCACCAGAAGUCCAUCCUCAUCAUGGGCCGUGGCUAUCACUACGCGACGUGCCUGGAAGGCGCUCUGAAAAUCAAGGAGAUCACCUACAUGCACUCGGAAGGCAUCCUGGCUGGCGAGCUGAAGCACGGGCCCCUCGCGCUGGUGGACAAGCUGAUGCCUGUGAUCAUGAUCAUCAUGAGGGACAACACCUAUGCCAAGUGCCAGAACGCGCUGCAGCAAGUGAUGGCACGGCAGGGGCGGCCAGUCGUGAUUUGUGGUAAGGAGGAUACUGAGACCAUCAAAAACAACAAGCGGACCAUCAAAGUCCCCCACUCUGUGGAUUGCCUGCAGGGAAUCCUGAGCGUCAUUCCUUUACAGCUUCUGGCUUUCCACCUUGCAGUCCUCAGAGGCUAUGAUGUUGACUUUCCAAGAAACCUGGCCAAAUCUGUUACAGUCGAGUAGGAGAUAUCUCAAUCAUUGUUUCACGGAUGUUAGUGACUUUUAUUUUUUUGUACUGGAGGACAUUGAUUUUAAAAGUCCCCUCUUGAUCAAAUCUUAUUUCAUGUGUCCAAGAAUCUUUACAAUUCUGUUGCAUUUGUGAUGGUUAAAAGUUGAACCCAUGAGCUAUGCCAAUAGCAUCAAUUAGUGGUGAUGAUUUCAAAGUAGUUUUUAUCUUUUAAAAAAAUCUUCUAGCUUGAUGAGAUUUUAGGCCUCUCUAGUGAGAAAUCACCCAGCCGAUGAAUCAUCCCUAGACAUUCAGGCUGGUCAGAUCUUCUAAGAAUCUAGCUGCGAAAUAAGGAAUAGCUCUCAAAGUCAUGUGUGCAGAGAUGGGGCCCAUAGACUGCGUUCUGCCACAGGUAACAGCUCUUUCUUCAUUGCUCAGUGAUGUCUGUUGUCAAAAGGUAGGAUCCAUGUGGACCUGGCUGGUUUGGUUGGGCUCAUUGCACGGUGGACUCCUGCACUUCCAGCAAUCAGGAUUUGUGCAGCUUGCUAGAAAAGCACAGUGGCAUCAGCCCAUCAUGCAUUGGUCCCCUCAGUCAGCACAAAUCUACAGGCAUCCUUCAUACUCUGGAUCUUCACCCACCCCCAUUUUUGAUGUCACUCUUUGCAUUUCAUUUGUAAAAAAUACAAUGCCUAAAAAAAGAAGAGUUCUGCCUAGACAAUCUUGCAGAGUUGGGACUGAGACGAGGGGCCAAUUCUUGCAUUUAUUUUUGAUGCAGUGGAAUUGCUGUGAGGCAACCUGACCUUGUCAUGCUCGUUUGGCGAGAUAGAUACUCUUGGCAUUUAUCCCAAGAGUGUGGUUAACUUUGGCUUCCCGGGUGCCUCUUUCACAGCAGUAAAGAACAGGCAUUGUUUGCAGUCAAAGGGAAGUCUGCCCUUGAGCCCUCCAGGAGUCUUGAACCCCCCAUAAUUGUGUGGGCAAGGGGGCGGAACUGGAUUCUGUGCUGGCCAUCUGUGUUCCUGCAAGCACCUUAUCUGCAGAGCCAAAGCAAUGGUGCUUAGCGCCAGACUGUCUGUCAUUAAUGGUUCUCCAGUUAAGUCUCUCCUCUCUCCCCUGAUCCACUCAUGUUGACCCAGUGCGUCCCGGGGCAAAACUGGAGUGAGAACACGUGAGGCUCUCAGCUGAAUCCAUGUAAGCAAUGAUGGAGGCCAAGCUGCCGUUAUCACACUGUGGAGGACAUUCUCCUCCCCUCCCUCCCUGGGACAGGUGGUGAAACGAGUGCGGAGUCCAAAUGGGCGCUCUGUAUGCUUUGUUAGAAAGUCGUUUUACUCCCAAACGCUGUUGGUUUUUGAAAAGUUGUUUUGACAAAUGAGGGGAGAAAGGAAAUGGGCAGGCAUGUGUGUCUUGCCUCCCAACUGGACUGAGUAUUUUGGAGUAUUAUUCUGGAGUAUUUUGGGACCAUUUCAGCCCCUUCCAAAAGAUGCUUUUUGCCCUCAAAAUGUCCAGGGUGGUGAUUUUGGCAGAGCACCAGCUGCAUCCAUUUAUUGAAGUCCUCUUAAGAUAAUUUUCCCUUCCAACCCCAAAUCCCAUCAGCGUGCAGGAGAACUGUGUUUAAUGUGAAUGACCAAUUUUAAAUAAGAAUGUUUGUAACUUGCUGCUAUAUAUAGGGUUUCUUACAAGAAGUGAAAGAAAAGGUCGACAAAAUGUUGAGCCGUUUCAGGCAGUCUGCCACUUGUCUUUUCCCUAACCUAGUCCGAGGGAAACAAGCUAGUAUUACUCUCGCCUAGUAAUGCAUAAACCUAGUUUAGAAACGGAACUGCCAUGCAUUCAUUCCACUACUAUACUGAUGUUUGUGAAGUAGGUAAGAGGGGCACAAGGUGAUUAGAUAAAUGCAUAGUGCAGGUAAUUUAGGAGAGAGACCAUGCAAUAGAAGAUGAAAACCAAAGAUGAUCUGUAGCAACGAGCUCCUAGCAGCAGGACUUUUCCAGCUUUGAAAGCCAUUGAUUCUGCAAAGAUGGCAAAAGUCUCGCUGACUCAAAUGGACAGUCCCCAACUCCCAAAGCAGUAGGGCAGAGGUGCUGAGAGAAGUGUUGUUAAUAGCGUCCUCUGACAGUACUGCUUUCGCUGCUGCAUUUCAAGACUGGAGGAAUUGAAGAUGGUUCAGAAACUGGGAAAAGGGCAAGUAAGCCCAAAUAACGGAGGUUUUAUUUUUGAACAGCAAGUGGUUCCCUGCAUCCUGCUUUUUAGUGGAUCAGAGCUCAAUGUCCUAGUAGGGAGACCUCAGGGAUGGCAUGAGGUGGACUAAGAAAAGGGUCAGGCUAUUGUCCCUCCUCCAGUGUCCAGGAAUGGGAAUUUGAUGGCAGGACCACACCCAAAAUGGGUGUCUGGGGGCAUUUUCAGUCUUGAAUGCUCAUACUCAAGCUCUCGUACUCUGUCACAUUGGAAAUGUUAGUUGCCAUUCAGUUAGACGUGAAGUAGCCCACAAAUACAGCUGAAUGCUGGAUAGCUGUGGAAUUUCAUACUGUCAAAAAGUUACCUUGCAAACGUCUGUGUUGUUAUGUAGCGUCAAGGUUCAGGGUCUCCUCCAUGCUCCCCCUGGAGCAGUCCUGAAGGGAAUAUUCUGCUCUAAAGUUUCUCUUGAAAGCCAGCUUGCUGCUUUGGUGCAAAUUAAAGUUGAGGCACCGGUGAUGGCCCUUUGUGGACUGUCUUUAGCUUUCUUACUGGCUUGCUGAAACCAUCCGAAGAGGAGAAUCCCCUUUGGGAGGAGGCUUCACUCCACUUUGGUUCAUCCUACUGUUGGUGAACUGGAAUGUGUGCAGUUCAGCCAGUUACAGUACAGUGUCUAUGUGGCUCAAGGGGAUGCUGGCAGAUGGUGGCUCUGAGCAAUCUUUCCUGCAUCACCUUCCCUGUGGGGCGAUGACCCCUGGCUUUGUGCACAACAGAUCUAGAAGUCAGCAAGCUUGUUAACAUGGAGAACUCAUGGAACUCAACCAUCCAACCUAGUGUGGCCCUUCGCACUUUUGUCGUGGCCAACAUUCUUAGUUAUGAAUUUUCCUUGUUUCUGCUUACCGAAGAUUGACAUGGCUGACAACUGGCCUUCACGUGAAAAAAUUAAAUGAAAUUAUAUGUGUCUCUGUGUGUGUGUGUAACUUGGAACAUUUUAGGCAAUAUGUUUCCUCUCUCUGCUUGUUUUCCUUUUGAAUGUAUAUAUCCAGCUUGCCUUGGUUUUAUGGGGACCACAAUGUACUUCUUUCGUCCUGUGUGCUCUGCACAGCGUUGAUUGGGGCUGUAGGCAUUUAUUGUUCAUGUUUUCAGUUCUUAGCUUACCUUUUUUGUAUCUUGCUCUUUGAAUAAAAACAAGUGCCCAACCUGA